AUGUGGUGGUUUAUUGCAGUAGCCUGUCUAAUACAAGCCUUUACAAGCUCAGAAGAACUCAUCAAGAAGAGAAGAAACCUGAAUCCUGAAACGUUUAUGAAUAUUAGUCAGUUGAUCUGCUAUGAAGGAUAUCCCAGUAAGGAGUAUGAAGUUCUGACAGAGGAUGGCUAUUACUUGAGAAUAAACAGAAUUCCUUAUGGCAGAAAAAAACCUACAGACAGAGGUCCAAAGCCAGCUGUGCUUCUCCAGCAUGGAUUGUUUGGUGAAGGUACCAACUGGAUCGAAAAUUUGGCCAACAACAGCCUGGGCUUCAUGCUAGCAGAUGCUGGCUAUGAUGUUUGGAUCGGAAAUAGCAGAGGGACAACCUGGUCUCAAAGACACCAGAAAUUUUCAAUUGCCCAAGAGGAAUUUUGGGAUUUCAGUUUUCAUGAAAUGGGCAAAUAUGACCUUCCAGCUAUGAUCAACUUUAUUCUGCAGAAAACUGGACAGAAGCAACUGUAUUAUGUUGGCUACUCUCAGGGCGGCACUAUUGCGUUCAUAGCAUUUUCUUCCAUGCCACAGCUGGCACAGAAAGUCAAAAUGUUUUUUGCCUUGGCUCCUGCUGUCACCGUUGGACACACCAAAAGCCCUCUGGUGAAAAUGUUGUUAAUGCCUGAAGGAGCAUUACAGGAUUUUCUUGGCAAAAAAGACUUCCGUUGGUGGGGUAAUACUAUGAGAGAGAUUGCUGCCAAAAUAUGCUGCUAUGAAUUACCUAAUAGACUUUGUGCCAAUGCAUUUUUCUUUGCGGGUGGAUUCAAUGAGAAAAACAUAAAUAUGAGUCGAAUGGAUGUGUACACAGGCCGCUUUCCAGAUGAAACAUCUAUUAAAAACAUACUGCACUGGGCCCAGGCAGUUAAAUCAGGAGAAUUCAAAUAUUUUGACUAUGGCAGUGAGAACCAGGCUAAGUACAACCAGUCUGUCCCUCCCUUCUAUAAGAUAGAAGAUAUGACUGUGCCCACUGCAGUAUGGUCUGGUGGCGAGGACUGGAUGGUAGACACAAAGGAUAUUGACAUGUUACUCCCUCGCAUUACUAACCUAGUUUACCACAAGAAUAUUUCUGACUGGAACCACUGGGAUUUCACCUGGGGUCUUGAUGCAGCCAAGCGUUUAUACAGUGAAAUUAUUGCACUGAUGGGAAAGUAUCCAUAA